CAAACUGCGGCCGCUCACACGCCCGCCCCGCAUCACCUACAAUACUCAAUUGUGUUCGACCUCUGCAGCCUACAUAAAUCAACGCGUAUGUCGACGCCUGAUGGCGAGCCAGGCCGCCGUGCCCGGCAAGUGUGUGCUAACUGCAAGGCUCGUAAGAGAGGGUGCGACAAAGCAAUCCCGCAGUGUUCGCACUGCGUCAGAAAGAGACUCGAGUGCAAAUAUGCUGAGACGGACCAAAUUCGCAGCCCUGCUCCUCAAGUCGACCAGUCGUCGUAUGAGCCCCUUGCCGACGCCCACGAUGCGCCUGCCGAAUGCAUCGACUACGCAACCGUGCUCUUCAUGGACCCGGAUCUUCUGCAACACGGGCAUCCCGACACCCCAUUAGCCACCGUCAAGGUUCCUAGCCAAGUGCUCGAUCACCUCGGAGAUGUAGACGAAUUAUGUCUUGCAAGCGGAAAGUAUUUCGUGCGAACACACCCAUGGAUGCCAAUCAUAUCAAAAAAACGUUUCUACGACCUCUAUAUUCACCAAUCACCAUCUGCCCAUCCCGAUCUUGCAUUGCUCUUUCUGGCACAGAAGCUCAUAACAACACCACCGCCCGCCAGCCCGUACAGCGCUCGCACGCCACUCUAUCAAGUGACGAAGCGGUGGCAUUCUCACCUCGAGGUGUCCAGUGUCUUAUCACUUCCUAUGUUGCAAGCUCAAGUUUUGCUCGCCUUGUAUGCUUACGCGCUUGGACUCAAUGUCAAGGCAGUCAGUUACCGGAGAGCGACCACCAUGGUGGAGGUUGAAGAGAGGAGAAGAGUUUGGUGGGCAAUUGUCAUUCUGGACCGUUUUGUCAACAUAGGCUGCCCAGGUCGCCCUUUUGCAAUACCCGAACCCUCUCGAGAUGAGCUACUACCUGCAGACGAUGCUAAAUGGGAUAACGGCAUUGUACAGUCCGCUGACCUAGCAACUCUGUCCACCCCAUUGACAUCUCACAUGUCUAAAUUUGCUCUUCUCUGUCAAGCUGCUCGGCUCCUGGGUCAGGUUCUUAUACACAUCGCUGACGGGUCCGAGUCCUCCGAUGACGAUGUUGGACUGCAACUGGACAGGACAUUGCACUCGAUGCUCUCGGCGGCACUCAAUGUGGAGGUGCCUGACUAUGACCAGAUAACGUUUAUAUUCAGUGCCCUCGUAGCUCUCAACACCCCAACCUUCCGCCUGGCCGGCACAUCCGUCCCCCGCACGUCUUUCUCUCCCGACCGCAUGUCUCGUGCCCUCGCCGUCUGCAAGCUCGUCACAGAGCGUUUCCACAUUCCCAACUUCACCGAGUCUAGAUGCCCUUUGACGAGUCGGCCACCCGAGGAGAUGUCCGUGUGGGGCUGUUUCUUUGCGUAUCAGGUCUGUGCUGUGUAUAUGAGGGUGAAACAGAAGAAUAAUGGGGAGGAAGAGGUGGUGAAGUUCUUCAAGGAGGCCUUUAAGGUCAUUGACCGGGGCUGGAGGGCCGCUGGUAUCUACUUGAGGCUGCUGGAGGCCCAAGAGGCGAUGAAGUGUGCAUGAGAACGACGGCCAGACUGACUUCAGAUGGCGUUGGAUGGGAUAUACUGUCAAUCAGAGGGAAUUGUAAUACAUUCAGU